AUGGCUUCCCGAACAAUCAAUCUGCUUGCGGCUCGGCCAAUUGUGCUGGCCCUGCUCAAAUUCGUGUUUUUUGCGUUUUCGCACGUCCCGCUUGCCACGGCGGCCCCGGUCCUAUCGCCAUAUCUCCAUGCAAUGGCUUCCGAAGAAGAGCCCCCGAAAAGUGCCGACGACCCCAGUCUGUGGCUCAAUUUGAGCAUAUCAGCAGCCCUUGUGCUUAGCGGCGGCGCAUUCGCCGGCUUGACAAUUGCCCUCAUGGGCCAAGACGAAGUAUACCUGCAAGUGAUCCAGACGUCUGGGGAGGGCUCAGAGAAGAAAAAUGCAGCGAGUGUGUUGAAUCUUCUCAAGAGAGGCAAACACUGGGUUCUUGUGACCCUCCUUCUCAGCAACGUGAUCACCAACGAGACCCUGCCGAUCGUGCUCGAUCGGACCCUCGGCGGUGGAUGGCCCGCCGUGUUGGGCAGUACAGCCCUGAUUGUCAUUUUUGGCGAGAUCGUCCCCCAAUCGAUCUGUGUGAGGUAUGGCCUGCCGAUCGGGGCGUGGAUGGCACCGUGUGUCUUGGUGCUCAUGUACAUUAUGUCUCCGGUGGCCUGGCCCGUGGCUAAAUUACUCGACAAAUUGCUGGGAGAAGACCACGGAACAAUCUAUAAGAAGGCCGGCUUGAAAACCCUCGUCACACUGCACAAAACAAUGGGCGAAGCGGGAGAACAACUUAAUUCCGACGAGGUCACAAUCAUCUCCGCUGUUCUCGAUUUGAAAGAAAAAUGUGUUGGAACCAUCAUGACGCCAAUGGAGGACGUGUUUACCAUGUCUGCUGACACUGUUCUCGACGAGCGCACGAUGGAUCUGAUUCUGUCUCAAGGUUACUCGCGCAUUCCGAUACAUGCGCCUGAUAACACGAUGGAUUUCGUGGGCAUGCUACUUGUCAAAAUGCUCAUCACAUACGACCCCGAAGACUGCAAACGUGUGCGCGAUUUCGCGCUGGCCACUCUGCCCGAGACCCGCCCUGAAACCAGUUGUUUGGACAUUGUGAACUUUUUUCAAGAGGGCAAAUCGCACAUGGUGCUUGUGUCUGAAUUCCCCGGUGAAGACCACGGAGCAUUGGGCGUGGUCACCCUAGAGGAUGUCAUUGAAGAAUUGAUUGGCGAGGAGAUUAUUGAUGAAUCUGACGUUUUCAUCGAUGUCCACAAGGCCAUUCGCCGUAUGGCACCGGCACCCAAGAGCCGAGUGCCCAAAGGAAAAAUUGUAGAAGAUCCGCCCAUGAAGGCCACCUCACAACAAGACGACUAUACCAAUGGGGAUAGCAAAUCCUUCCCUGGUCCAAACAAGCCAACCUCGGAAUCCAUCCAACGUCGAAGCUCGGUAGAAGCCCCACCGCCACGAUUCCAUCUCCGCAGACAAGCUCAGGAUCAAUCGACAGAUCCGAGCGACAACUGGGUCACACAUCGAGGUGCCACGGAUGAGAUCCGUGAACACUUGAAGCACCUUGGCCCAUCGAACCUAGCUAGUCGACCACGACAGACAAGGUAUUCUUCCGUCAAAAUCAAACGCAGUGGCACAUCGCCUUCCCGCUCCGCAUAUACCGACGGUGAAACCACAAUUGACCCCUCAGAAUCGCAACCUCUACUUGUGUCGAAUGGUCCACAAGGAGGCAUUGGCGCAGGCCUCGUAACCCCCGGAGCGGACGCCAAAGAUGGCGCAUUUGCCGUGAAACUAGGCUACGGCACCGUUCCCGCUCAGGAUCAUGUCACCAAGGCCACCAAUGCUCAACAAUACAAAGAUCUGCCUGGUGUUUCCAUUCCUGAAGCAGUUUCGGAAGAACAUGAAGAUGGUGCCCGACCACCGAAUCCCCGCAAACCGUCAAGCAAGAACAGCAGUGCUGCAAUGAGCAUGAAGUCCACAGACUCAAAGCCAAACGAAUAUGUGUCCAUCCGCCGCGGUCCGACUCGCAGUGGCAGCAUCACCGAACAAAUUGUGGACAUGAAUGGCAUCCGCAAGGUCGUCCUUCACGCCAAUUGCAGCAGUUCAUCUGAGAGUGAGAAUGGAAGUUCCGUUAGGCGCUCUGGCGAUUCUGGUCCCCACGAAAGGGACAGAGCCACAGAAACAUCGAUCCCGGAAGAUUCACAAGCCUCCACGCACGAUAGUCAACACAAAAAGCGUCGCCGUAAGAAGAAGCGCGGCAAGAACCACAAAUCUGUUGCUGACGACAACUCCAAUGAAGAUCAACCUCUCCUGCAAUGA